AUGUACAAUUCCGAAGAGCCACUGUACAAUGUUGUAUGGUUGAUUACCAGAAGGGAUUGGUGUAUGGUUGAUAAUUUGAUCUACUGCCUUAAUAUGAAAGGGAGUAUAUAUUGGUGUGAGCCAGAUGAGUUGGAUUUGCGUGAGCCAGAUGGGAUGAUGGAUACAAAGGAGGUCAAGGGUUUGGGCCCUCUCAAAUGGAGUCUCUUUCGUUCCAGAGUGAUCCACUUUGGUGAGCAUUUACGUCAUCGGUGGGAGGUUGAUAAGAUCAAGCAUGGUAUAACCCCCCAAACGAAGCCCAUGUUUAGUAUAAGCCACGAGUUGGAAGAUUUACUUCCAGGGGCAAGACUGAGCAACUCUGGUGGUGGGAAUAUUAUGCCUUUCUGGGACAUCAUUGAGGGGGAUCACCUCGAGAUUUGGUGUGCAGAGAUCUCUUUGGAGAGACGCCAAGGAGGCGAUGUUUGGGGCAACAUUGAAUGGUCUAAUGCUGUCAUGAUCAUUGAUCCUUUCUUAGAUCGUUAUAAGGUUUUGUAUUCUGCUUCUGUAACUCUCUGA